ACUCGCCACCAAAUAUCUGGCUAAACUUUCAAGAAAACCAUGGAACCCAGCAUACCAAGCAAUGCACACUCUUGUAAACAACAAGACAGAAUGGAAAGUGAGAAGCUUACCUGCAAUAAUAAGGCAUCUCAACGCAGUAGAAGAUGGAAUAAUCCCCCAAUUGCCAGAGCCCACACACCAACCUUACACUCAUCCAAUAGCACCAUGGAACCUGUUUGAAAUAAAUACGGGUUACUUCCCAUUGAACAAGAAAAAAGCUAUCAACAACACCGCACUCACCUCAACGAUGUUCCUUGAGAUUAGGAACAGUGAACAUAAAGACCACAUAGCCAUCUUCACUGACGGAUCAACUUGUCUGAAGACACUGAAGACCACCUGUGCUGUAUAUAUACCUGAAACAGACUUUAAAAAAGCAUGGUUACUAACAGAACCCACCAACAGCCUUAAUGCAGAACUAGCUGCCAUUAAACAAACACUGAAGUGUACAUACAAUCAAAUCUGGAACGAAAUCACCAUAUUAACAGACUCCAAGUCAGCUAUCCAAGCAAUCUCCAACUUCAAAUGGGAAACAAGCACAUCCAUACCUGAAAUAAUACAAGAAAUAAACAAUCUCAAGUCAGCAGGAACAAAAAUUAACCUAUAUUGGAUACCAAGUCAUUCUGGAAUAAGAGGAAAUGAAAUCGCAGACCAGCUAGCAAACAUCAGAAGAAGUGCAGACGACGGGGCGACGAUGACGCACUCACCCAACAUGGCAGAAAUCCUAACGAAAAUAAAAAACAAACACCAAAACAGAACACUCGAAAAAAUAAAACAAAACUCCACCAACCAAGCCGUAACAAAUAGAAACCGAAUGGGCGUAUGCACUUGGCAUACACACAGGAAUAGAGCCAUACAAACUGCACUGAUGAGACUGCGAAGUGGCCACAAUAAACUAAAUGCCACCAUCAGUAAAUGGGACAUGAACGUCCAGCCGGAAUGUCCAAAUGGAUGCGCAGAAAAAGAAAACACCGAACACGUACUCAUACACUGUCCACACUACUCCAGAGAAAGAAGAGAACUAAGCGACGCGUUGGAAGAACUCAACCUACCCCUAGAGGUACCAACACUAACGGGCAUAAACUUCAACAUCCCUAAACACACCCAAGGAAAAAUCGCGAAAGCACUCAUCAAAUACAUCACGGACACCAAGAUCAUAGAACGAAUCUAA